AAAAAAAAAGAAAAAAAAAAAGACCAUCGAUCUCGUCGUGCCCGUCGAUGCCUUAUUCCAUUUUCCCGCGAUCGUUUCUCCCAUUUAAAUAUCCCCCACACUUCCCACCGCUUCUCCAUUCCACAACCUCCGCAUAGAAGCGAAGGGGACGAUUCCCCGAAGCUAGGGUUUCUUCCUUCUCCGAUUCCCACGUCUAGGGUUUCGAUUCAAGCUUCCUACCAUUCCUAUGGAGGCGGUGGUCGUCGAUGCCGGAUCCAAGCUCCUUAAAGCCGGGAUCGCCUCCCCCGAUCAGAAUCCCGCUCUGAUACUCCCGACGAAGAUGAAGCGGGUGUUGGAGGAGGGAGAGGCUGGGGAGGGGGAGGGUUCGGAGGUCGAGGAGGUGACUGUGGAUCCCGUAGUGAGGGGUUUUGUCAAGGAUUGGGACGCCAUGGAGGAUUUGCUCAAGCAUGUGUUGUAUACGCUGAUCGGAUGGGAGAUUGGGGAGGAGGGACAAAUCCUGUUCACCGAUCCUCUCUUCACCCCGAAGGCUCUCCGGGAGCAAUUGGUACAGCUAAUGUUCGAAACAUUUAAUGUUUCAGGCUUUUAUGCCUCUGAACAAGCUGUACUAUCACUUUAUGCUGUAGGACGCAUCUCAGGAUGCACAGUUGACAUUGGACAUGGGAAGAUAGAUAUUGCGCCAGUUUGUGAAGGUGCGGUUCACCAUAUAGCUUCAAAAAGGUUUGAAAUUGGGGGAAUUGAUUUGACAAAUUUAUUUGCACGAGAACUUCAAAAAUCCAAUCCGUUAGUUAACAUUGACAUUUCUGAGAUUGAGAAGUUGAAAGAGCAGUAUGCUUGCUGUGCUGAAGACCAAUCUACCUUUGACGAAACACAAAAUUCGUGUCAGACAGAGAAGCACACUCUCCCAGAUGGGCAGGUGAUAACAAUUAAAAGAGAGCGAUAUAUUGUUGGUGAAGCUCUCUUUCAGCCAUCUAUCUUGGGAUUAGAGGAGUAUGGACUUGUUGACCAGCUAGUCCGGAGCAUCUCAACCGUUUCAUCUGAGUACCAUCGACAGCUCUUUGAAAAUACUAUGCUCUGUGGUGGUACAGCAUCUAUGACUGGUUUUGAAGAGCGGUUCCAGAGAGAAGCAAAUCUAUGCACUUCGUCCAUCCGUCCGGCUCUUGUAAAGCCGCCGGAGUACAUGCCAGAGAACUUGGCGAAGAACUCUGCUUGGAUGGGUGGCGCAAUAUUGGCCAAAGUUGUUUUCCCUCAAAACCAGCAUGUGACGAAGGCAGAUUAUGAUGAGACUGGUCCGGCAAUCGUCCACAGAAAGUGCUUCUGAGAUUAGCUAAUCGUGGCAAUACUCUCUGGUAACUGUGUACAACACACCUUUUUCUGCUCGCUAACUUAUGAAGAAUUGCUUCCACUUUAAAUAUACAAUACUUACCAGAAUGCUCGUCAAACUGUUUUUUGUCUCUGUUUUCUCUACCAAUUCGCAUUUUAUGCUUGUAGAUUCUUACUCUCAAGAAUUUGAUUUACAUCAGGUUUAUUUGCUAUUCA